UGUUGAGCGAAAACAUCAAUAAAAACAGGCUAAAAAAAAACGAAAACACGGGAGCUCCGAGCCGCAGCGUCUACACGCGCCGCCAUCAGGGCUAAAGCUAGAAUUAGAAUUUUAGAAUUAAAGUGUUGUACAGUGACAACCAUCUUUGGAUAUUCUAUAAGUUCAGCCAAUGGAAUUACUGUUAAUGAAAAGAACCAAAGCAAACUGGCCAAAGUUAUUGUCAGCUAAUAUUUUUUUUAAUUAGGGAUACACAUAUAUAUACAUUUGGGCUGAUAUUGACAUGCAAUAUUAAUAUUGCUGUCAUGGCCGAUAAUUGAUUUUUACUGAUUAUAUAUAUUUCCCUACCCUUUCGACACCUCACCAAAAAAAAUGGCCACACCGUUGACUACGCAACAGCUUCUGUUUCAGUUAAAUCCCCCACAAUCCUGUUUUGCAUCACUAUCACAGUCACAGGACCAAACAAAUACCACAUGACCAGUCUCCUCCCUUCCUCUUCCAACUAUCAAAUGGUAACGAGAUAAAAACAAAUCUCACUUGUUAACAUCAGUCUAGUUAUUAUAAAAAUAGCUGCCGACACCCAUGUUAGUGCUAAUAUAUUGUGCACCUCUCUUUUUGAAUGAAGUCAGCAACCAGGCUCCAGCAUUGCCCUGAGUGAGACCAGUGUCUGAUGGGAUUAUCAGAAACAGCCUCACACCCAUGUUGUGUUAGUAUAAAAAUCAUUUUGAAACCCAGAGGAGAUUAUCAUUGUUUGUGCUCUAGAUGCGCCACCUAUAUGUUGUUAUUGACUGUUCACGCAGUAUGGAGGACCAGGACUUAAAACCCAACCGUCUCACCUCUACUCUGAAGCUGAUGGAGGGAUUCAUCGAUGAAUACUUUGACCAGAAUCCCAUCAGCCAGGUUGGUAUUAUCACCACCAAAAACAAAAGGGCUGAGAAGCUUACGGAACUUGCAGGAAAUCCAAAGAAGCACAUUGCUGCUCUGAAGAAAGCAGUUGACAGCUCAUGUGUCGGAGAGCCUUCGCUGUACAACUCUCUCAGCCUGGCUAUACAGACCCUCAAGCACAUGCCUGGACACACCAGCAGAGAAAUCCUCAUCAUCCUCAGCAGCCUGACCACAUGUGACCCAGCUAACAUCUAUGAGCUAAUCAAGACUCUGAAGUCUCUUAAGGUGCGAGUGUCAGUAAUUGGGCUCUCAGCGGAAGUCCGAGUGUGCACGGUUCUGACCAGAGAGACGGGUGGAUCCUACCAUGUUAUCCUAGAUGAAAGUCACUUCAAAGAGCUGCUCAUGUAUCAUGUCAAGCCUCCGCCAGCAAGCUUCUCAUCGGAAAGCUCUUUAAUACGAAUGGGUCAGUAUUAAAAUGUUUGACAUUCAUAUUCUCCAAGAUAACCAGAAUUGCAACAUAUGAUGAUAAAAGCUGAGUUUCCUCUCCCGAAAGAGAUGUUUGGGUUCUUGAAAUGUUGCCGUUUCCUUCAGGUUAUGUCACAGAUUAAAAGUAUUCCGGCAGUGGAUGGGGAAUCAGGGUUUCCCCCAGAAAACUUGCCAAGCCCGGUGUUUGGGGCGCCAAGGUGGUCCACCUGUGGUCCACUGGGGUUUUAUGUUAAAAGCUGUUAAGUUGACAAGAAAUGCAAAAAUAUUACUGGUUAGCUAACUAUAUGUUACAGGAAGACAUAGCCAGUGACAUGCUAUUUAAACCCACAACUAUAGAAUCUUAAGAACAACAAAUA